GGGGGAGGGCCCGGCGCGCUCCGGGAGGCGGCGGCCCGGCCCGGGAGCGGCAGGACUCGGGCCGGAGCGUGGCCGGACCCCCACCCGCCGAGGGGCCCAGGGAGGACGCGGCAGAGUCACAGUGGCAGCUUUGAGAGUUGGACACCCAGCUCCCCAUAGUGAUCUCUAGGCCCCAGCCCCAAAUCUGCCACCAUUCCGUGCUGCGGGGACACCAUGGCUCCAGAAGAGGACGCUGGAGGGGAAGCCUUAGGGGGCAGUUUCUGGGAGGCUGGCAACUACAGGCGGACGGUGCAGCGGGUGGAGGAUGGGCACCGGCUGUGCGGGGACCUGGUCAGCUGCUUCCAGGAGCGUGCCCGCAUCGAGAAGGCCUAUGCCCAGCAGCUAGCCGACUGGGCCCGCAAGUGGAGGGGCACCGUGGAGAAGGGCCCCCAGUACGGCACACUGGAGAAGGCCUGGCACGCCUUCUUCACGGCGGCGGAGCGGCUGAGUGCACUGCACUUGGAGGUGCGGGAGAAGCUGCAGGGGCAGGACAGCGAGCGGGUGCGCGCCUGGCAGCGGGGUGCCUUCCACCGGCCCGUGCUGGGCGGCUUCCGCGAGAGCCGGGCUGCCGAGGACGGCUUCCGCAAGGCCCAGAAGCCCUGGCUGAAGAGGCUGAAGGAGGUCGAGGCUUCCAAGAAGAACUACCACGCAGCCCGGAAGGAUGAGAAGACAGCCCAGACUCGGGAGAGCCACGCGAAGGCAGACAGCGCCAUCUCCCAGGAGCAGCUGCGCAAGCUGCAGGAGCGGGUGGAGCGCUGUGCCAAGGAGGCCGAGAAGACGAAAACCCAGUAUGAGCAGACACUGGCAGAGCUGCAUCGCUACACCCCACGCUACAUGGAGGACAUGGAGCAGGCCUUCGAGACCUGCCAGGCCGCUGAGCGCCAGCGGCUUCUUUUCUUCAAGGAUAUGCUGCUCACCUUACACCAGCACCUUGACCUCUCCAGCAGUGAGAAAUUCCAUGAACUCCACCGAGACCUGCACCAGAGCAUCGAGGCAGCCAGUGACGAAGAGGAUCUGCGCUGGUGGCGCAGCACUCAUGGGCCAGGCAUGGCCAUGAAUUGGCCACAGUUUGAGGAGUGGUCCUUGGACACACACAGGACAAUCAGCCGGAAAGAGAAGGGUGGCCGGAGCCCUGAUGAGGUUACUCUGACCAGCAUUGUGCCCACAAGAGAUGGCACUGCACCCCCACCCCAGUCCCCGGGGUCCCCAGGCAGGGGGCAGGAUGAGGAGUGGUCAGAUGAGGAGAGUCCCCGAAAGGCGGCCACUGGGGUCCGGGUCCGGGCGCUCUAUGACUACGCUGGCCAGGAAGCUGAUGAGCUGAGCUUCCGAGCAGGGGAGGAGCUGCUGAAGAUGAGCGAGGAGGAUGAGCAGGGCUGGUGCCAGGGCCAGUUGCAGAGUGGCCGCAUUGGCCUGUACCCUGCCAAUUAUGUGGAGUGUGUGGGUGCCUGAGUGCCCUGACAGCCCUCCCACAACGUUUCUCCACCCUGAGUCAGAGCCCAGCUUCUCCUGGACAGCCGGACUUGAGGGCCCUGAACCACCGUGCUCCUGCUCGCAGUCUGUUCCCUCAGGAGGGUGGAAGUCCUGGGACCCAGGGAGGGGAGGGGCCUGUGUCUAGGAAGCCACUGGUAGGGAAGGGCCAACUGAGUCUAGGCUGAGGGCAAGAUGGAGGUUGGAGGUGACAGGAGGGUUCAGGGUCGCCUGGGCCUCCCCUGGAGCACUUGGGUCUCCCAGGAGUCGUGGAUUCAGUUCCUGGCCUCUGUUUUGGGGUCCUGGGCUGGGCUUGGGGGGAGUGUAGUUCUGGGCUAGAAGCACCCUCUUUUGUGGCUUGUUCUAGUGUGUAUUAAACUUGACAAAACAAACACA